AUGGAGCCUCGCAUGGAGGCCUGCCUGGCACAGGUGCUGCAGAAGGAUGUGGGGAAACGACUGCAGGUUGGCCAAGAACUGAUAGACUAUUUCUCAGACAAACAGAAGUCUGCUGACCUCGAGCAUGACCAGACCAUGUUAGACAAACUUGUGGAUGGACUUGCUACCUCUUGGGUGAACUCUAGCAAUUAUAAGGUGGUUCUCCUGGGCAUGGACAUCCUGUCCGCGUUGGUCACCCGGUUGCAGGAUCGGUUCAAGGCGCAGAUCGGUACAGUGCUGCCGAGUUUAAUAGACAGACUGGGAGAUGCUAAAGACUCUGUGAGGGAGCAGGACCAGGCCCUGCUGCUGAAGAUCAUGGAUCAGGCUGCUAACCCCCAGUACGUGUGGGACCGGAUGCUGGGCGGCUUCAAGCACAAGAACUUCCGCACCCGGGAAGGCACGUGUCUCUGCCUCGUGGCCACCCUCAACGCCUCUGGAGCUCAUACCUUAACACUAAGCAAGAUCGUGCCACAUAUAUGUAACCUACUCGGAGAUCCCAACAGCCAGGUUCGAGAUGCAGCAAUAAACAGCUUAGUGGAAAUUUACAGACAUGUAGGAGAACGUGUGAGGGCAGAUCUCAGUAAAAAAGGAUUGCCACAGUCCCGGUUGAAUGUAAUUUUUACAAAAUUUGAUGAAGUCCAAAAAUCUGGAAACAUGAUACAAUCUGCGAAUGAUAAAAAUUUUGAUGAUGAAGAUUCUGUGGAUGGUAAUAGACCUUCUUCCGCCAGCUCUACGUCGUCCAAAGCUCCAGCAAGCUCGCGGAGAAACGUUGGAAUGGGGACUGCCCGGAGGCUCGGCUCCUCCUCUCUCGGAUCCAAGUCUUCAGCUGCAAAAGAAGGAGCUGGUGCUGUUGAUGAAGAGGAUUUUAUUAAAGCGUUUGAUGAUGUGCCUGUAGUCCAGAUUUAUUCCAGCCGAGACCUUGAGGAGUCCAUAAACAAGAUUAGGGAAAUACUGUCUGAUGACAAGCAUGACUGGGAGCAAAGAGUAAAUGCCCUAAAAAAGAUUAGAUCUUUACUCUUGGCUGGUGCUGCCGAGUAUGAUAACUUCUUCCAGCACUUACGGCUUUUGGACGGAGCCUUUAAACUGUCGGCUAAGGAUCUACGGUCUCAGGUCGUGCGGGAGGCUUGUAUCACGCUGGGGCACCUGUCGUCAGUACUGGGGAAUAAGUUUGACCAUGGCGCUGAAGCCAUCAUGCCAACGAUCUUUAAUUUAAUCCCAAAUAGUGCCAAAAUCAUGGCCACCUCGGGGGUUGUAGCUGUCAGGUUAAUCAUUCGGCACACGCACAUCCCAAGGCUAAUCCCCGUCAUAACAAGCAACUGCACCUCCAAGUCUGUUGCAGUUAGAAGGCGCUGCUUUGAAUUUUUAGAUCUACUUUUACAAGAGUGGCAGACACAUUCACUGGAGCGACACAUAUCAGUAUUAGCUGAAACGAUAAAGAAGGGAAUACAUGAUGCUGAUUCAGAAGCAAGGAUAGAAGCCAGAAAGUGUUACUGGGGUUUCCACGGUCACUUCAGCAGGGAGGCAGAGCACCUGUACCACGCGCUGGAGUCCUCCUACCAGAAGGCCCUGCAGACCCACCUCAAGAGCUCGGACAGCGUGGUGUCGCUGCCACAGUCGGACCGCUCAUCCUCCAGCUCCCAGGAGAGCCUCAAUCGGCCGCUCUCUGCCAAAAGAAGUCCUACUGGCAGUACCACCUCCAGAGCUUCCACGGUCAGCACCAAGUCCGCAUCCACCGCGGGGUCCCUGCAGCGGUCUCGAAGCGACAUCGACGUGAACGCAGCCGCCAGCGCCAAAUCCAAGAUCUCCUCGGCUGCCGGCACAGCGCCCUUCAGCUCGGCCGCGGCCUUACCUCCAGGCUCGUAUGCGUCCUUAGGCCGGAUCCGCACGCGACGGCAGAGCUCCGGGAGCGCCACCAACGUCGCCUCUACACCUGACAGUCGGGGCCGCAGUCGCGCCAAAGUGGUCUCGCAGUCCCAGCGAUCCAGAUCUGCUAAUCCUGCUGGUGCUGGCAGCCGGUCCAGUUCCCCAGGGAAAUUGUUGGGAAGUGGUUAUAGUGGCCUUGCUGGGGGUUCCUCAAGAGGCCCACCUGUGACACCCUCUUCAGAAAAGCGAAGCAAGAUCCCCAGGAGUCAGGGGUGUAGUCGAGAAACAAGUCCAAGCCGCAUGGGAUUAGCACGGAGCAGCCGUAUCCCUCGACCCAGCACGAGUCAGGGGUGCAGCCGCGAUGCCAGCCGUGAGAGCAGCCGGGAUACGAGCCCUGCUCGGGGCUUCACGCCGCUCGACCGCUUUGGGCUCGGCCAGGCAGGAAGGAUUCCUGGUUCUGUGAACGCCAUGCGGGUUCUGAGCACCAGCACAGAUCUGGAAGCUGCUGUCGCUGACGCUUUGCUGUUAGGAGACUCCAGGAGCAAGAAGAAGCCCGUGAGGAGGCGAUACGAACCCUACGGCAUGUACUCUGACGACGACGCCAACAGCGACGCCUCCAGCGUCUGCUCCGAGCGCUCCUACGGCUCCCGGAACGGCGGCGUCCCCCACUACCUACGCCAGACUGAGGACGUGGCCGAGGUGCUCAACCACUGCGCCAGCUCCAACUGGUCCGAGAGGAAGGAAGGGCUUCUGGGUCUGCAGAACCUGCUCAAGAGCCAGAGGACGCUGAGUCGAGUAGAAUUGAAACGAUUGUGUGAGAUUUUCACCCGAAUGUUUGCUGACCCUCACAGCAAGGUUUUCAGUAUGUUUUUGGAGACUCUUGUGGAUUUUAUAAUAAUUCAUAAGGAUGACUUGCAAGACUGGCUUUUUGUUCUUCUCACACAAUUACUGAAGAAAAUGGGAGCAGAUUUACUUGGAUCUGUGCAAGCAAAAGUUCAGAAGGCUCUUGAUGUCACAAGGGACUCCUUUCCAUUUGAUCAACAAUUUAACAUUUUGAUGCGAUUUAUUGUGGAUCAGACUCAAACUCCUAACCUCAAGGUCAAAGUUGCAAUCCUGAAGUACAUUGAGUCUCUCGCCAGGCAGAUGGACCCAACAGAUUUCGUAAACUCUAGUGAGACAAGGCUUGCUGUUUCUAGAAUUAUAACCUGGACAACAGAACCAAAGAGUUCAGACGUGAGAAAGGCAGCACAAAUUGUGCUCAUCUCUCUGUUUGAAUUGAACACUCCUGAAUUUACCAUGUUACUUGGUGCCUUGCCAAAAACAUUCCAGGAUGGUGCCACCAAACUCCUGCAUAACCACCUCAAGAAUUCCAGUAACACCAGUGUGGGCUCUCCAAGCAACACCAUUGGUCGGACUCCCUCCCGACACCCCAGCAGCCGGACCAGCCCCCUGACCUCACCCACCAACUGCUCCCAUGGUGGCCUGUCUCCAAGUCGGUUAUGGGGUUGCAGUGCCGAUGGGCUGUCGAGGCACCCACCUCCCUUUCCUCAGCCUAACUCCAUCCCCACCGCUCCCUCCCACAAGACUCUCAGGCGCUCUUACUCUCCCAGCAUGCUGGACUAUGAUACAGAAAACCUGAACUCUGAAGAAAUCUAUAGCUCUUUGCGUGGAGUGACCGAAGCCAUUGAGAAGUUUAGUUUUCGAAGCCAAGAGGAUCUGAAUGAGCCCAUUAAAAGAGACGGCAGAAAGGACUGCGAUAUUGUGUCCCGUGAUGGUGGCAUCGCCUCCCCUGCGCCCGAGGGCCGGGGCGGCAGCGAGGUGGUGGAAGGAGGCCGGACGGCUCUGGACAACAAGACCUCCCUCCUCAACACGCAGCCCCCUCGCGCCUUCCCGGGGCCGCGGGCGCGGGACUACAGCCCCUACCCCUACUCGGACACCAUCAGCGCCUAUGACAAGACCGCCCUGAAGGAGGCCGUGUUUGACGACGACAUGGAGCAGCUGCGAGAUGUGCCCAUUGACCACUCGGACCUGGUGGCAGACCUCCUGAAGGAGCUGUCCAACCACAACGAGCGCGUGGAGGAGCGGAAGGGCGCGCUGCUGGAACUGCUCAAGAUCACGCGCGAGGACAGCCUGGGCGUCUGGGAGGAGCACUUCAAGACCAUCCUGCUGCUGCUGCUCGAGACCCUCGGGGACAAGGAUCAUUCCAUCCGAGCACUGGCUCUCAGAGUGUUGCGGGAAAUCCUGAGAAACCAGCCAGCGAGGUUUAAAAACUACGCGGAGCUGACGAUCAUGAAGACCCUGGAGGCCCACAAAGACUCCCACAAGGAGGUGGUGAGGGCUGCCGAGGAGGCUGCAUCCACGCUAGCCAGUUCCAUCCACCCAGAGCAGUGCAUCAAAGUGCUGUGCCCCAUCGUCCAGACAGCCGACUACCCCAUCAACCUGGCCGCCAUCAAGAUGCAGACCAAAGUCGUCGAGAGGAUCGCCAAGGAGUCCUUGCUGCAGCUCCUUGCAGACAUCAUCCCAGGCCUGCUGCAGGGUUACGACAACACCGAAAGCAGCGUGCGCAAGGCCAGUGUGUUUUGCUUAGUAGCAAUUUAUUCCGUAAUCGGAGAAGAGCUGAAACCUCACCUGGCACAGCUUACGGGGAGCAAGAUGAAGCUGCUCAACUUAUACAUAAAGAGGGCGCAGACCACGAACAGCAACAGCAGCUCCUCCUCCGACGUCUCGACCCACAGCUAA